CUUCCACACUCCCUCCCUGGCUUCAUGCAAGAGAAUGAGGAGUUAUUGGAACAAACUGUUUUUCUGGACCAUUUUUCACUGUGUCACAAUUCAAAAGACUGUGUGGAGUAUCCAGAGUGAAAUAAGAACAAGAGAAUUCCCUUCUCCGAAUUUGAACUCAACUAUGAAUGUGGUCACGAUAGGUCAAAAUGUAUCUCUGUCCUGUUCCAGCAAGAACACGUCACUAGAAAUCACCUAUUCAUUAUUUUUGGGCAAUAAUCAUCUGAAAACUGAAGUAGCUAAUGGUAAAUCUGUGACUUUUCAACUAAUGAUCUCCAGUGCCAAGGAUGUGGGGCCCUACAAAUGCAAAGCCUAUGUUUUCAACUGUUCAAAAUACAGUCAGCCAUUCAACUUCACGAUUGAGGAAAAAGGCAGUCUUCCCUCAUACCUGCUGCCUCUGCUGCUCCUGAGUUUAUUACUGGGAUUACUGCUAAUAAGCUUAAUUCUGUUUUUUUGGAUCAGACCAAAAUACAAAACAAGAAAAGCUCUGAGGGAGAGUGGUUCCAAGGACUCUGGAGAUAAACUCAUGGAAAGUCAGCUGUAUGAAGACGUCUAUAAAAAUCAAGCAGGGGAAGUUCAACUCCAGGAGAUACAUUAUAUGACCCCAGUCUUCCAGAAGGUGGCAUCCAAGGAACUAGAGGCCUAUCAUGAAAAUAAAAUUGGCUCUAUCUAUUCUGAACUCACCUACUAAAUAUGAAAAAAAACCUGACUCCAUCUCAGCAUAAGAUACUUUCUGAGAAGCUGAUGUACACGAAGAAACAGCAAUCUUAUUUGGCCCUUAAAAAUGUCUAACUUGGGCUGGAGAGAUGCCUGUGAAGCCUAAGGACCCCAGUUUGAAGCUCGAUUCCCCAGGACCU